ACUACUUGACAUUAUACUCAGCAUGCACUCGAUACAGGACAUAAAAAUGGCAGCGCAGUUGAAUUUAUUUGGAAAAAAAUUUUAGUGACGGGUGCAGGAAGAGGUAUCGGUCGAGCCAUUUCUAUCGCUCUAACUAAACAGGGAAGCAAUGUUUACGCGUUAAGCCGAACACCAUCCUCGUUAGAAUCGCUUGUUAAAGAACAUAAAUCAAUCGUGCCAAUCGUUGGAGAUGUAAAUGAUUGGGAGGAUACUAAAAGAAAAAUUGAAGAUUUGAAAGUGAUGGAUGGACUAGUAAAUAAUGCCGGAAUAAUAAACGAAUACACAGGAUUUCAGUCGUUAACCAAACAACAGUUGUGUACAUAUUUGGAAACCAAUCUGCUCGGUGCUAUCAACGUCACAAAAGUUGUCGCGGAGAAAAUGAUCAAAGAAAGAAAACCAGGAUCUAUAGUGAAUGUUUCGAGUAUGUCCAGUAUAAAUAUUCUUUACGGUGGAAUAAUGCCUUACGUUAUAUCAAAGGCAGGGCUUGAUGCAGCAACGCGACAGUUUGCUUACGAGCUUGGACCAUAUAACAUUAGAGUUAACUCAGUCAAUCCGAGUCUAGUUUCCGGAACAGACAUGACAGAUGGGAUUGUGAAAAGUAAUCCACAGCUUCGUGAUAGUACUGAAUACAGAACGCCAAUGAAAAGGCUUGUAGGAAUUGAUGAUGUCUCUGGUGCCGUGGUUUACUUUCUCAGUGAUCUUUCUUUAAUGGUGACGGCAACUUGUCAUAUAUUGGACGGCGGUAUUACAAACUGCAUAAUUGUCUAGACAUAUUUAUCACAUACCCGUGCCGCUUUUGCGAAUCCGUAAAAAUGGUUUUACACGGCCGUGUAUAUAUUUUGACGUGACGUCAUUUUCAUUAUAAUAAACAUUAUUAUUAUAAACAUUCAGCGUUAUACUAUAGUCGCGCAAAUGAAAAAUGGUUAUUUUCACUUCUGACCAUCUUUGUUUUUGGUAUGUGAUAAAAAGAAUAAUAAAUUCAUGUAAGUUCAUUACUAAAUUUAUUGAACUCGUAAAAAGAAAUAAUAUUAUAUUCGCCAGAGGCUCGCAUAAUAUGAUUUUAUUCAGCUUGUUCAAUAAUUUCAGUAUUUAAUAUCCUUUAUGUAAGGGCUUGAAUAUAGAAUUAUAAUUAUAGUCAUGUACCUAUUUACAAGGACAUAUAAUCU